AUGCGUAUCGAAGAAAGCAAAACCAAAGCCAUGGUUUUCUCUCCACCUCACAUAGACCAGCCAACUGCUGACAGCCUUGAAGUAAACAACAAGAACAUCGACAUCAUCCCAGAAGUCAAACUGGUAGGGAUUACACUAGACGAGAAGCUGAACUUCCAAAGUCACAUCUGCAACACCCAGACUAAAGCAUACAAAGCCUUAAAAGCAAUUAGCAAAGUAACCAAUGCUAAGAAAAAUCCCAACCAGGAGGCUCACCUCCAGCUGUACAGAGCAAUGAUCAGACCUAUUCUCGAAUACGGAACAGAAUGUACACUCAGAGCAGGACAGAAGCACGACGCUGCGUACGCCCCCAUACAGAGAAAAGCUCUCUUGGCUGCAACCGGUUGCAAGAUCAGAACGAGUACAGACGCACUGGAAGUGCUGACUGGCAUUAUGCCUAUUGACAUACACCUAACAUGCCGGCAAGCACAAGCCUACUUGAGAAUGGCAACAAAACACACGGGGAACCCCAUAUAUGAUAAAAUAGCACAAGAAAGAUCCGAAGAGAAGAUCGGCACAACCCUACAUCUUCUCGAAACCAGGUUUAAAGAAAUGAAGGGGGAGAUAGAGGUCAGCACAGUAGACAAGGAAUGCUACUACGACUCCAGGCUACCCCCUUUCUCAGUGGGCAGAAUAACAGGAUCUUUCCUUCCCACCACAACAAACCCUGCCAACAAGGAGGAAGCCAAAGAGAAAGUAAAGCAAAUACUACACGAGAUGAAGAAAACACCAACCACGGUAGUUUUCACAGAUGGUUCAUCCUUAGGAAACCCCGGUCCAACAGGGUGUGCUGCGGUCAUCUACGAGCAGUGGGGAGUAACUGAACCUUACACAGUUAGAAAACCAGUAGCUGCAAAGUCCAACAACUACGAAGGAGAGUUGCAGGGGAUCUACCUAGCACUGAACACCCUACACAGAAGUCAAAGCAAAAACAGAAGAAUCCUCAUACUCUGUGAUUGUAAAGCGGCCCUUGAGAACGUCAGCUCGUUACAACAGGCAGAAGCUUACAACGAUCUAGUGAAUGCAGCAAGACAGAGGCUCUUUGAAAUCCAACAGAAAGGACAUAACAUACAAAUUGAAUGGUGCCCAGGCCACAUGGGGGUUGAAGGAAACGAGCUAGCAGACAUGCAAGCUAAGCUAGCUGCAGAAGAAGCUAAACACACAGAGAACAACACGACAUGGACUAAGCAACAAGCAAUGAAGCACAUAGAAGAACAAGCAGUAAAAAGAUGGCAAAGAAGAAGAGAAAACCAAACAACUAGCAGCCACAUGCAGAAAGCCAACACGAGUUUGAAGAAGAAAUGCAGCACAUGGGAGUCAAGAACGACUCAAAUCUCUAUAAACCAACUCGUGAGUGGACACACGGAGCUAAACGCCUACAAAAACUGGAUUGACCCCACGGAGACACCAAACUGUGGCACAUGCGGUACAAGGGAAAACAUAGACCAUUACAUGUAUGAAUGCCCAAAAUAUGAGAACACCAGACAACAUCUAAUGAAAGAAAUUGACAACAUAUAUGAAGACUACGGAAUCCCUCAACAAGAAAGAACGAUGGAUGUUGUAUCCCUAGCAGGAAUGCGAAGCGACCUGACGAACGAAGCAAACAAAAGGAUGUAUUUGGCGUUCACCAAAUACAUUGAAGACACGAGAAGGUUCGCCGAGCAGGUCUAG